AUGGUCAAUGAUUUACAAUGCGGUUCGGGGAGGUCUGGCAAUUGGAAAUUCGUUGAUGAUGUUACUAUCUCUGAGGGAUUAUUAAGGAAUGGAGAACCGUCUGUAAUUCAGUCCGAUUUAACUUCUAUAGCUACAUGGGCAUCUAAUAACCUGAUGAAAUUGAACACAAAGAAAUGCAAAGAGAUGCAAAUUUGUUUCUUUCGGAACAAACCUGAACUACCACACUUGUGUGUUGAAGACCAGAUCUUAGAAUGUGUAUCGUCGCACAAGGUUCUUGGAUUGAUUAUCCAGGAUAACCUUAAGUGGAACGAACAUAUUUCGAUGAUUGUUACCAAAGCGUCCAAGCGACUGCAUAUCCUACGUGUCCUACGACGGUGA